AUGUCCACAAACGGCAAACCCUAUUUUCUCCCCGUCUCGUCCGCACAAGGUCUCGCCAACUACCCCCACGCACGCACCGUUCACGCUUCUUCUACAUCAAAGACUAUAUACAUCUCAGGCACCUCUUCUCGUAGGGGUGACGGCACUUAUGCCGGUUGCACUACUUCACCAUCUGGCUCCUUCACCCUCGACAUACGUGAACAAACUGCUGCGGUCCUCGAGAACAUUGGUACGAUUAUCAAGGGUGCGACGCAGGGGAAAGGGGGGCUAGAAAAUGUCGUUGAUGCGACAGUUUUCUUGACGGAUAUGAAGGAUUAUUCUGGCAUGAAUGAGGUUUGGAAUACGGUGUUCCCGGUGAAGGAUAGAGCCCCAGCCAGGACGACAGUACAGGUCGCGGCAUUGCCGAGUGAGAAGCUGUGCGUUGAGAUUAAGUGUACUGCUAUUGUUGUUGGGGAAUCUUGA